AUGGCUUUUUCUGAGUUACUGAAAAGUAGAAACUUUGCUCUUCUACUUCCUAAGGAGAUUAUCAAAACGCAAGUUGCUGAAGAAGAUCAAAACAUAAUACUCAACCCUGAAUUUGAGGAUGGCCUGAAUAACUGGUCUGCAAGAGGAUGUAAGAUUCUUCUACAAGACUCCAUUGAAGAUGGAAAGGUGCUUCCUCUCAGUGGAAAGUUCUUUGCUUCUGCAACUGAACGCACACAGAACUGGAACGGGAUUCAGCAAGAGAUAACUGGCAGAGUGACGAGGAAGCUGGCCUACGAAGUCACUGCCAUUGUCAGGUUAUUUGGUAGUUCUAGUCCAUUUGAUGUGCGAGCCACAGUUUGGGUUCAAACACAGAUUGGAAGGGAACAGUACAUUGGGAUAGCUACUGUGCAGGCAACAGACACAGAUUGGGUGCAGCUUAAAGGAAAGUUUCUUAUUAAUAGUGUAAUUUCAAAGGCAGUUAUAUAUCUUGAAGGACCACCGCCGGGGACUGAUGUCCUUGUGAACAGUUUUGUGGUUAAACAUGCAGAGAAGCUCCCACCUUCUCCUCCUCCUGAUACAGAGGAUGUCUUAUAUGGUGUAAAUAUAAUCACCAACAGUGGCCUUAAUGACGACAUAAAUGGAUGGUUUCCUCUUGGUUCGUGCACUCUAACCAUCGCCAAUGGCUCUCCUCUUCUUCUCCCUCCAAUGGCAAAGGAGUCUUUAGGAAACUCUGAACCAUUAAAUGGUAACUACAUUCUUGUCACAAAUCGGUCCCAGACUUGGAUGGGUCCAGCUCAAGAAAUCACUGAUAACCUGAAGCUCCAAGUGACAUAUCAAGUAUCAGCUUGGGUUAGAAUUGGUUCAGAUAAAAGUGGCCCUCAAAAUAUCAAUGUUGCUCUUGGUGUUGAUAGCCAAUGGGUUAAUGGUGGCCAAGUAGAAGUUGUAGAUGAUAGAUGGUAUGAAAUCGGUGGAUCGUUUCGAAUUGAAAAGUUACCAACCAGAGUUAUUGUGUAUGUUCAAGGCCCUUCUCCAGGUGUUGAUUUUAUGGUUGCAGGUUUACAUGUAUUUCCAGUUGAUAGGAUAGCAAGAUUCAAAUAUCUAAAGAAACACACUAACAAGGUGAGGAAGCGCGAUGUAAUAUUGAAAAUUUCUGGAUCAAAUGCGAAGGACCUCCUAGGAACAACAGUAAAUGUCAGACAAAUAAAGAACACUUUUCCGAUCGGGUCAUGUAUCAGUCGAAUGAACAUAGAUAAUGAGGAUUAUGUCAACUUCUUUGUGAACAAUUUCAAUUGGGGAGUUUUUGGAAAUGAGCUCAAAUGGUAUUGGACAGAGUCACAACAGGGAAUCUUAAACUACACAGAUGCUGACGAGCUCUUAGAUUUUUGCAACACAAAUGGAAUUGAUGUGAGAGGCCAUUGCAUCUUCUGGGAAGUAGAAUCUGCUGUUCAGCCAUGGGUGAAGGCUCUGAGCACGAAUGACCUGGUGACUGCAGUUCAAAGUCGCAUAACCAGUCUCAUGUUGAGGUACAAAGGCAAGUUCAAGCACUAUGAUGUGAAUAAUGAGAUGCUUCAUGGUUCUUUCUAUCAGGAUAGACUAGGAAAAGAUAUUAGAGCUAAUAUGUUCAAAACUGCCAGUCAAUUGGAUGCCUCUCCCAAACUAUUUGUAAAUGAUUAUCACAUUGAGGAUGCAACCGACACCCGUGCAUCUCCUGAGAAGUAUAUUCAACAAAUUUUAGAUUUACAGGAGCAAGGAGCAGCUGUUACAGGUAUAGGAGUACAAGGACAUAUUGAUAAACCAGUAGGGCCAAUAGUGAGCCAAGCAUUGGACAAAUUGGGAGUUCUUGGACUUCCAAUAUGGUUUACUGAGCUUGAUGUUUCGGCAGAGAAUGAGUAUGUUCGUGCUGAUGACUUGGAAGUGAUGCUUAGAGAAGCAUAUGCUCAUCCAUCUGUUGAAGGAAUUAUGCUUUGGGGUUUUUGGGAGUUGUUCAUGAGUAGAGAGAAUGCACACUUGGUUAAUGCUGAAGGAGAUCUAAAUGAAGCAGGUAAGAGACUUCUUUCUUUAAAAGAAGAGUGGCUUUCACAUGCUUAUGGAAAAACUGAUGAUCUAGGUGAGUUUAAAUUUAGAGGAUUUCAUGGUACCUAUAGUGUGGAUGUUAUAACAUCCGGGAAGAAAAUCUCUCAAACAUUUAGUAUUGACAAAGGAGAUGUUCCUUUGGUUGUGAAUAUAAACAUGCAAAGUUAA